AUGUCUGGCACGUUCGCGCUGCGAGCGCCGCUUGGUGCGUGCUCGCGCACUGCACCCGGCCGUGCCCGCCCGCUUGUACCCCCCGUCGCCUUCUAUCCGUGCGGCGCGCGCACCUUGUGUCAGGAGACAGUCGGUGGAGCGCAGUGUCCGGCGCGGGGCCUCGUGGUGGCGAUGGCAGCGGACCCCGCAGCAGACGUGAAAUGGGAGCCGUCCGACGCCGUGCUGGAGUGCUGGCGCAAUGCCGAUGCCGUCUGCUUCGACGUUGACUCUACUCUGUGCGAGGACGAGUCCAUAGACGAGGUCGCGGCGUUCCUGGGCGUGGGGGACAAGGUCGCUGAGCUCACGGCCAGCGCCAUGGGCGGCGACGUCAAGUUCGAGGACGCCCUCGCGGCGCGGCUCUCGCUGAUGAACGUGUCCGCCAAGGACAUGGCGCGCUUCCUGGACGCGCACCCGCCACGGAUCUCCCCGGGCAUCCGCGAGCUGGUGUCAGGGUUGCAGGAGGCGGGCAAGGAGGUGUUUUUGGUGUCGGGGGGGUUCCGGCAGAUCAUCAACCCGAUCGCGGACAUCCUCAAGGUGCCCCGCACGCACGUGUUCGCGAACACGAUCCUCUACAAGGACGACGCGGAGGGUUCGUACGCCGGGUUCGACGCCCAGGAGUUCACGUCGCGCAGCGGCGGCAAGGCGAACGCCGUGCGGCACAUUCGGAAGGAGUGGGGGCUGACGCGGGUGGUAAUGAUCGGGGACGGCGCGACGGACCUCGAGGCGCGCGUGGCGGACGGCGCGGAGAUGUUCAUUGGGUACGGCGGCGUGGUGUUCCGGCCCAAUGUGGCGGCCGGGGCGGACUGGUACGUCAAGACGUUCGACCCGCUCAUCGAGGGCCUCAAGUAG